GAGCUUUGUGUGGAUUCAGAGGAUUUGCUUCCCCCUCUCAAAGAGCCGCUCUUCUUUGAUGAUUGGGCAGCGGCGAACUUCAAAGUCAUAAAUCUCACUCCUGACUGGCUGGCGGCCCACCAAAGUCCUUAUCGAAUCCAAAGAAGUGAUCCUUCACUCCCUCAGAUAGUCCAGGGAUAGCUGGAGGAGAGCAAGCGACGCGAGCGCACUUUCCGCGAGAACACGUAUUCAAGUAUUUCUGAAGACGUGAAUUUGGCUGCUUUUAAACCGGGAAGCUUGAGGAACUCGGGGAAGUGUUGCCAUGGCAGCUGUGGCUGUGCUGAGGAACGACACACUACAGGCAUUUCUUCAGGAUCGCACUCCAAACUCUUCCCCGGAAAACAGCAAACACACUCCUCUGGCGCUUCUAGCGGCGACGUGUAACCGGAUCGGUCAUCAUCACGGAUCCACACCCACGGACUUUAUUCAAGUUCCCUACGACACGACCCUCGGGUCUCCGUCACGGAUUUUCCACCCUUGGAGUAACGAAGCCAAUCCCCAGUCCUCGCUUUCCAACAAUUCUUCCUUUGGACUAUCCUCGAAAUCUCACCUGCAGGGCUCCUACACCACCCACCAUGAGCUCCCCUUAACCCCUCCGGCCGACCCCACCUAUCCUUAUGACUUCUCUCCGGUCAAGAUGUUGCCAUGCUCCAUGCAGUCGUUACAGUCAAGCUGCCCGCCAACCUAUGUCCCCGCUGUCACAUACGCAGCGCCGCCCCCCAUCCCGCACGGUUUUGUCCCGGGACACUCAGGCCUGGUCCAUCAGCAGCAGAGACAGCUGUCUCCAAACCCCGGGGAGGAUAUACCAUGGUGGAGCCUUCAGCAAGGAAACCACGUCAGCCACCCGGCGAGCCUCGGCCCGCACCGCUUCCCCAUCCAGAGGGGCUUGGUGUUGGGACACACAGACUUUGCACAGUACCAGACUCAAAUCGCAGCCCUCCUCCACACCAAAUCCCCCCUGGCCACCGCCAGGCGCUGCCGGAGAUGCCGGUGUCCUAACUGCCAGUCGUCCAGCUCCAGCGACGAGCCCGGGAAAAAGAAACAGCACAUCUGCCACAUCCCCGGAUGCGGGAAAGUAUACGGCAAAACGUCCCACCUGAAGGCGCACCUGCGCUGGCACUCGGGAGAGAGACCCUUCGUGUGUAACUGGCUCUUCUGUGGGAAGAGCUUCACCCGAUCGGACGAGUUACAGAGGCACCUGAGAACUCAUACCGGGGAAAAACGCUUUGUGUGUCCGGACUGCUGCAAGAGGUUCAUGAGGAGCGACCAUUUGGCCAAACAUGUGAAGACGCACCAGAACAAGAAGAGCAAAAGUCAGGAAAAGACCUCUGAUUACGUCAAAAGAGAAGACCUGAGACCUGUGUAGUAGUAGACUUAGAUGACCAUAGACUAGUGCAAUACAUAUAAUCUUCAGGAUCCUCAUGAAGUGAAAAUACAUUUUUUAUUUUUUCAUUAAAAAGGCUGUUGAGACUUACAAGACUGGGAGUCUUUUUUUUUUUUUUGGACUUGUAAAUAUAAUUUUCAAGUCAUUCUCAGUUCCUGAAGGAACCUUGGAAAAUGUUUCCGUUCCCUGAGCUACUCAAAACAUUAACAAGUUUUAACUUGUGUUCAGAUCUCUGUCUUCGGUGGAAGAUUUCUUUAUUCUGUAAAUAUAUUGAUAGCUUUUGUUGAAUGAAAGUGUCAGUUCUCGCUCCUUGUGGGGUGUUUUAGCAUGCUAUUGAAAACCAUCUGUUAAUCCUUCAAAAUUAUCGUGUGAAAAUAAAGACUAUGACUUGUACAUGCCAUUGAAAUAUCAGACGUGAAGUGGAGUUAUUAAAAGUGGACAGAUUUAUUUUUUAAAAGGAAAAAUGUAAGUUAAACAGAUGUCAAAGUUUGAAUUCGAGUAAGUUUUAUAGUGUGUGAAGUGUGUAUGAAAGGCUUAACAGAGAAACAGUGAAACUCUGUUAAAAAGGUCUAGAAUGAAGCACUGUGAGAUUUAUCAGUUAUUAGGAUACAUAGAGCUCUGAUGUUCAGUUCAAAAGACAGCUUUUAUACAGCAUUUUAUGAUUUUAAGAACAAGGUCAGCAAAA